CAUUCUACGUUGUCUCAUUGUUAUCUCUCCUUAAAUUAUCUCCAUCUUGAUCCAGAUCUCGUAUUCAUCGUCAUCAAACAAUACAUGCAUAUUGUCAUAUUGUAGAGGGAGAGAAUGGCGGUGGUGUCACCAUUAGCAAAAUACAAGCUCGUGUUUCUGGGCGAUCAGUCGGUCGGAAAAACCAGCAUCAUCACCCGUUUCAUGUACGAUAAAUUCGAUACAACCUAUCAGGCUACAAUUGGCAUAGAUUUCUUGUCCAAAACAAUGUACCUUGAAGAUCGAACAGUUCGCUUGCAGCUUUGGGAUACUGCUGGACAAGAAAGAUUUAGAAGUCUAAUUCCGAGCUACAUUAGGGAUUCUUCAGUAGCUGUGAUUGCCUACGAUGUUGCUAACAGACAGUCAUUUUUGAACACUUCAAAGUGGAUUGAGGAAGUAAGAACAGAACGUGGCGGUGAUGUGAUUAUCGUUCUAGUCGGAAAUAAAACUGAUCUUGUCGACAAACGGCAAGUUUCGAUUGAAGAAGGCGAUAUCAAGGCUCGUGAAUCCGGAGUCAUGUUCGUAGAGACUAGUGCUAAAGCCGGAUUCAAUAUAAAGCCACUAUUCCGGAAGAUAGCUGCAGCGCUGCCGGGGAUGGAGGCGCUCUCCUCUGCGAAGCACGAUGAUAUGGUGGAUGUGAAUUUGAAGGCGACUGCAAACGGGGGCCAAAAUGAGCAGCAAGGCGGAGGGUGCGCAUGCUAGGAUGGGUGAAGCUGAAAAUGUAGAAGUCUAAAUUCAUUGGAAGUCUUGAAUGUCUGUUGUGUAGGGUAACUCUCAUUGAGGAUACAGAGUUGUGCAGGCUUUUUGGAAAACAGAUUGGCUUACACUGAUGAAACAUAACAAGAUUUUGACAUGUGUUAUUUUAAAUUUACAGAAGAUUUGAGUGUGUUACCACAUCCAUAAUAAAUUAAAGCAAACUGCUGGUUUCUGGUU